AAAAGACCCAUGGAAAAUCUCAAAAUGGAGGCUUCUCCGAAGGGCCCGCUUGCGGUGUUGGUGUCCACUUCUUCAAGUUUGUGCUGGGAUAACAACAACCUGCAGCGGCUAUCAGUAUCUAGCUAGCAGAGGACCAGACGAUAGACAGGAUUCGCUUACUAUAGCAACAAUGCCUCUCCGACUGGAUAUCAACAAGAAAUUGUCAGCCUCUUCGGAGCGCGUCAAGAGUGUGGAUCUGCAUCCCAAUGAUCCUUGGGUACUCGCUGCCCUGUACAGUGGACAUGUCAUGAUUUGGGAUUAUGAAAGUGGUAGCUGUGUCAAAUCCUUUGAGGUGAGCGAGUUGCCCGUUCGGUGUGCCAAGUUUGUGGCACGCAAACAGUGGUUCCUUGCCGCCUCCGAUGACAUGCGAUUCCGAGUCUUCAAUUACAACACCAUGGAAAAAGUCAAGGAAUUUGAAGCUCAUGCCGAUUACAUUCGCGGUCUGGAAGUACAUCCAUCCUUGCCCUAUGUCCUGUCGUCCAGUGAUGAUAUGACCAUCAAACUCUGGGAUUGGGAUCGUGGCUUUGACUGCACCCAAAUGUUUGAGGGUCAUGCUCAUUAUGUCAUGCAGGUCAAAUUCAAUCCCAAGGAUACCAACACGUUUGCCAGUGCAAGUUUGGAUCGUACCAUCAAGGUCUGGGGAUUGGGAUCCUAUUCUCCCCAUUACACUUUGGAAGGGCAUGAACGGGGUGUCAACUGUGUCGACUAUUAUCCCUCGGGAGACAAACCCUACAUUCUCAGUGGAGCCGAUGAUCGUAGUGUCAAGAUUUGGGAUUAUCAGACCAAAUCCAUUGUACACUCCUUGGAAGGACAUACACACAAUGUCUGUGCUGUCAUGUUUCAUCCCAAGCUUCCCAUUAUUGCCAGUGCUAGUGAGGAUGGAACCGUUCGUAUCUGGCAAAGUACUACCUACCGUGCCGAAACCACCCUAAACUAUGGAAUGGAGCGUGCUUGGGCUCUCGCUGCCAAUUCGGACUCCAACAAAUUGGCCAUUGGAUUUGAUGAAGGUUGUGUCUGCAUUGAACUUGGCAGUGAUGAUCCAGUAGCCAGUAUGGAUACCACUGGUAAGGUUGUGUGGGCCCGGAACAAUGAAAUCAAGACUGCCUCGGUUCGUGGUGUUGUUGGAAGUGGUGACGAUGCUUUGCCCGAUGGUGAACGCCUUCCUGUGGUCCCUCGUGACUUGGGAGCAUGUGACCUCUAUCCCCAAAUGUUGAAGCACAAUUGCAACGGUCGUUUUGUCGCUGUUUGUGGUGAUGGUGAAUUCAUCAUUUACACGGCCCAGGCACUGCGCAACAAGGCAUUUGGUCAGGCGUUGGAUUUUGUCUGGAGUGGCAGUGGAACUGGGGACUAUGCUAUUCGUGAAUCUGUCAACCGCAUCAAGGUGUUCAAGAAUUUCAACGAAUCCAAGUUGAUUGUCCCUGCCACUGCUUCUGCUGAUGGGUUGUUUGGUGGUCAAAUGAUUGGAGUCAAGGGUGGAGAGGGUGCUGUUCUCUUCUACGAUUGGGAGAGUGGGGAGUUUGUUCGCAAGAUUGAUGUUACUCCCAAAGCUGUCUACUGGAGUGAUGCCGGCAACAUGGUAUUGUUGGCUUGUGAAGACUCUGCCUAUGUCUUGUCUCACAAUGCUGCUGUGACAGCUCAAGCCAUUGGCAUGGGGCAAGUAUCACCCGAGGGCGGAAUCGAUGGAAGUUUUGAUUUGCUUUAUGAGAUCAGUGACACUGUUACCAGUGGAAUGUGGGUUGGCGAUUGUUUCAUCUAUGUCAACACUGUAGGACGACUGAAGUACAGUGUUGGAGGACAAAUUGAAACUCUUGUUCAUUUGGAUACCAACUCUGGUGGUGCUACACAGCACACUGUUCUGGGUUACUUGGCCAAGGAAGACCGGAUCUAUUUGAUUGACAAAUCACUCAACAUUGUUUCCUACUGUGUCAUGUUGGCUGUGUUGCAGUACCAGACUGCUGUGAUGCGAGGGGAUUUUGAUGCUGCCAAUGAACUACUUCCCAACAUUCCAGAGUCGGAGUACACCAAGGUUGCCAGAUUCUUGGAGUCCCAGGGAUUCAAAGAGGAAGCAUUGGAAGUCACUACAGAUCCCGACCACAAGUUCGAUUUGUCGCUCGAGUUGGGCAAAACCGACCAGGCUCAUGCCAUUCUCAUGGAGACUCCCGAGGAAGACAAGCAUUCCACUGACACGGAAACGAAAUGGAAGCGCCUCAGUGAUGCCGCUCUUAAGGAUACCAACUUGGAGCUCUGUGAAGCUGCUAGUAUUGCUUCCAAUGACUUUUCCGAUCUGUUGCUUCUCUACUCGGCAACCGGAAACUUAUCUGGUAUGGCAAAGCUGGCCAAACUUGCCGCUGACAAUGGGAGGACCAAUGUUGCCUUUGUGGCCUAUUUGUUGACUGGCAACGUUGAAGCCUGCACUGAUCUACUCAUUGCCACUCACCGCCUACCCGAAGCGGCCUUCUUUGUGCGUACCUACUUGCCAUCUCGAAUGGAUGAAGUUGUGGCAUUGUGGAAGACUGAUCUUGCUUUGGUGAGCGAGACAGCAGCCAAGGCUUUGGCCAUUCCCUCGGAGAAUGCUGAUUUCUUCCCCGACUUGAGCAUUGCUUUGCAAGUGGAGCAGAUGUUCCUGGCCCAAAGGGCAGGAACCAAGGCUACUGGCAUUCCUGCAGUGGACUACAUGACCGCCAAGGCAGAUUUAGAUCUGAAUUUGAUUGAGCUGAUCAAGCAACGUGACGCACCACCACCUACUCCGGAAGAGAUUGCUGCAGCUGAGGCAGCUGCUGCACAAGCCCAGGUGGAAGCACAGGCAGCCGCUGAUUCCUCGGCUGCAGAACAGGCUGCAGCUAUGGAACAGGCCAGAAUGGAAGCCGAGGCUGCUGCAGCUGCUCAGGCGGAAGCAGAAGCCAAAGCGGCGGCAGAGGCUGCUGCAGCUCAAAAGAUGGAAGAUAGUGGAAAUGAUUUUAGUGAUGAUUGGUAGAUUGUGUUAUCAAAGGACCAUGCUAAACAUACUUAGAACAAAGAUCAGAAUGUG